AGUGAGCGCGGGAGCCUCGCCGAGUGAGCAAGGGGCCAGUCCGCUACGAAGGCCGUGCUUACCUCUCAUAAUUAUUUCUUGACUGAUCGUGGGAAAGAAAGAGAAAAUACCCGACGUACUUGCCAAAGUGUGUGUGAAUGUUAAAUAGUGAGUGAAAAAAAUAACAAAACAAAAAAAAAACUGGAUGUUCUCGAGUUUUCAAAGAAUGGAAAUUUGAGACAGCUUUUAAAGAAAAAAAAAAUAUUGUGAAAAAUAUCUUUUCUUUUUUCGGAAGAUUAACUGAAAUAUAAUUUGCGUUUGGAUUUAGUGUAGUGUGUAAAGUUUAAAGAGACUUUGGUAUAUAACGUGUUCUUCGCAACUUCACUAUGUAUGUAACUGUGUUGUGGACAGCGCUCAGCCUCGCACUCGGGGUUGAAGUGCAGGGCGAGAUCAUCCGGGGUCUGCCAUGCAUCCAGAGACAUAAUCAGCUGUUUUGCCGAACAGCUGGCACUUCUUAUCCAACUGAAAAGAUUGAGCGGUUCAUCGACGACAACAAGGCCCUUAUGCGGAGAAUGUAUGGUGAAUUUCUAGAUAAUUUCGACACUUUACAACAGUCGCUCCAGCAGUCCCAGAGCGGCGGUCGCACCUUCCGCACGGGUCGUUCCGCCGAGUCCUUCGCCGACCAGAUCCCCGAACUCAUGACGGACUACCACCCGGACGACCAGCGCGGCGAGUCCUUCUUCAGCCACAUCCGCAAGAAGCGUCAGUCUCUCCCGGGCAGCAUCACACCCAAUCCCGAUAGGGUCGAUUCGUGCGAGAGCAAGACCGAGAUCGUGACCCCUUACUGGGCCAACAACUCCGCAGGGAAAGUGAGGGCCAUCGUCAACACCAAUGAGUUCUCACAGGCCAUCCACCAGGAAGUUUGCGUGAAGCAGUCGACGAAGAGGUGCGGGGGCGAGUGCGCGUGCGAGCAGAAGUACAAGUGGCACCGUCUCCUGGCCUACGACCCCGACAACGACUGCCGAGGGAUCUUCAUGGACUGGUUCCUCUUUCCGUCGUGCUGUUCCUGUCGUUGCACUCCUCUCUAAGCACUCCAGGGUUGUUCGUUUCUAGGGGGGAGGAGGAGGGGAUGUUCUUGUUUCUAGAGCUACUCCUCUCUGGAAGUCUAUUCUAGAUUUGUUCCUUCGUUGGAAUUUCUUCUUUCGAGAAUCAUUCCCCUUUUUAGAAAGCGUGUAUGGAAUGGUUCCCGUUUUUUUUUUUUUAUUUCUUUUGUCUGGAAUCUAACUUUCUCUAAAGCGCAUUUCUGGAAUCAUUCCUCUUUUAGAAAGCGUGUUUGGAAUGGUUCCCCCUUUUUUUUUUUCUUUUGUCUGGAA